CCUUUCUGCCGCCUGGGUGCCCGUGAACUGAGUAGUAUUAAGCCUCAGUUGGAUGCCCAUAAUGUGCGGCUAGUUGGAAUAGGCCUAGAAGAUGUUGGAGUCCAAGAAUUUGUGGAAGGGAAUUAUUUUACAGCAGAACUUUACAUAGAUAGUCAGAAAAAAGCAUACCAGGCUUUAGGAUUUAAAAGGCUUAGCUUCUUCAACCUCUUGUCAGCAAUGUUUGGUAAAAAGUCACGUGAUGCUAUGGGAAAGGUUAAAGAACAAGGCUUAGGUGGUGACACGAAAGGAGAUGGGUAUCAGAAUGGUGGAACAUUAGUUGUCAGUCAAGGAGGUGAAGAUGUGUUAUUAUGUUACAAGCAAGAUGCUCCAUCAGAGAAUGUGGAUCCUGAAGAGAUCAUCAAAGCUCUUUGCAUUCCUCAAAAUCCCCCUCAAGAAGUGGAGACAGGAGCCAUGUCUGCUGAAAGUGAUAAAAGUGAAAAAUUUACUGCUUAGCUUAACCAUUAUUUUGGGCGUAAUACAAAAUCAUAAUAUUCCAAUUUAUAUAUUUUUAAAAGAUUUAGAUAUUUUUUAUAAAUAUUACAAAUAUCAUGAUUUUAUUAAUGUGUUUGUGAUGUAAAAAAUCAUUUGAUGUUUAUUGCUUCUGAAAAUAAUCAAACUGUAACGGAUGAAGCUACAUUGUAAAAACAAAGCAGCAGUGUAGCGGAUGAAAUUUAAUAGUUUGAUAUGGAAAAAAUUAUAUUAAUAAUCCUGUAAAUUGAGUUUUUUUUUUUUCAAGAAAAAGGAAUGUGAGAUAUUUUUUUGUUGUGUAAUAUAGUCUCUAUAAUAUGAAUAAAAAUCUCUAGAACAUCA